CUUUGUGAAGAUCCCCGUUGAUCUCCAUCGCCGCCCACCCGCACCUGGUUCGCUUGCGGGGGGUUGCUGCGUUCUCGCUCUGGCCUUCUCUUUUUCGUCUUGUUUUCUCAUUCUCACUCCUGUCCGUCUUUUGUUCCUUCUCCCACCACUCAAGGACUCGACGCCGCUGUCUGUUUGUUAGACAGUUUGUGUUGUUCACCUUCGUAACAUGGAGCCUUGAAGCAAAGCGUUUUUCUUUCUUUCUUUUCAUUGCUUUCCCUUUUUUUCCCCUCUCGUCCUCUUUUGUUGUUGACUUUCCCUACAUGCUUGCUCCUGGACGAGCCGGCCGAAUUUCCUAUCUCCCGAUUUCCUUUUCCUAGGCCGCGUCCAGGUGACAGCGAAGACGAUAUAUCACCCACAUACACCAUUGCUGGACAGUGCCCUAUACACUAAUCCGGCCUUCGGGACCUUCGUUUUUUUUUUGUUCACCACACAUACCGACCAGAGCAUGAACCCGGGCAUCUCUUGAGAUCCGAGUCUCGUGCUGCUUUGCCGAAUCCGUCACCUCCUUUUCCAGUUUCCUUCCUUUCAACUCGGACCUCACAUCCCUCGCCAUGAGGUUAUUAAGAAGAGUCGCCGCGGCGGCAUGCCUCCUGACACAGCUGCCAGUGGCCAAUGCCGCCAUUCAAGUUGAUAUAAAGAACCCCAGUUCGGUUAGGACAGCCGCAAGCACGGUCGCGUUUGGUUUAAUGAAGUACUACGCUGGAAAUAAUACGGGACAAAUCCCUGGUAACCUGCCAGACCCAUACUACUGGUGGGAGGCCGGUGCCAUGUUUGGAACCAUGAUCGACUAUCAGUUCUUGACGGGGGAUAAAACAUAUAGCGACGUCACGAUACAGGCGAUGCUUCACCAGGCCGGUGAGCUCAGGGACUUUAUGCCAAAGAACCAGACCAAGACGGAAGGAAACGACGACCAGGGCUUCUGGGCCAUGGCGGCCAUGAGCGCCGCCGAGAAUAGGUUCCCGGACCCGCCGCCGGGUCAGGCGCAGUGGCUGGCGCUCGCGCAGGCCGUCUUUAACCAGUACGUCACGCGCUGGGACACGGCCACGUGCGGCGGGGGGCUGCGGUGGCAGAUCUUCACCUUCAACAACGGCUUCAACUACAAGAACUCUAUCUCCAACGGCUGCUUCUUCAACCUGGCCGCGCGCCUGGCCCGCUUUACGGGCAACCAGACGUACGCCGAGUGGGCCGAGCGCGUGUGGGACUGGACCGAGUCGGUCAAGCUCAUCUCGCCCGAGUUCGACUUCUACGACGGCGCCUCGGUCGAGUCGGGCAUCAACUGCACCAAGCACGACGUGAUCCAGUGGUCCUACAACGCCGGCAUCUUCCUGCACGGCUCCGCCUUCAUGUACAACAUGACGGGCAACGACAAGUGGCGCAGCCGCGUUGACGGCAUCGUCAACCGCAACAGCGAAAUCUUCUUCAACGGCACCGCCAUGUUCGAGCCCGCGUGCGAGGGCGUCAACCUGUGCAACAACGACCAGCGCUCCUUCAAGGGCUACCUGACGCGUUGGAUGGCCGGCACCGCCGCCCUGGCCCCCUUCACCGCCGAGCGCAUCGCCGCCCAGCUGCGCGGCCAUGCCGAGCUCGUGCCCAAAGCCUGCAGCGGCAGCCCGGCCAAGGGGUUCAACGGCGUGCCCGGCACCGCCUGCGGCUUCAGCUGGGUUCAGGCGCCGGGCGUGCCCGCCUUUGACGGCGACGUUGGCGUCGGCGAGCAGAUGAACGCUCUCGGCGCCCUCAUGUACACCCUCGCCCUCCCCAGGGAGAGCACGGCCGCGCCGGGCGGCGGCGGAAACACCGGCGGGGGUGACCGGGGCGGCGGGGGUGGCGGUGGCAACGGCGGCGGCGGUGGCGGGAGUGGGGGUGGUAGCAGUGGGGGCGACGACGAGCCGCCGAUGGCGUUCGUGCCCGUCACGGGCGCCAACGGCGGCACGUCCCAGGGCGACGUCAACGCCGGCCUGGCGGAGAAGAAGGAGGUGCAGUUUGAGCCCAUCACGACGAGCGGCAAGGUCGCGGCUGGGUUCCUGACGUCGGCGCUUGCGCUAAGCAUCACUGGCUUCAGCAUCUUCUUGAUCAUGUAAACCUGUCUCCUCCUUGUCCGCGCCUUUUUCUUCUAUUCUCUUCUUGGAUACCCCGGUUGCGAGAUGUAAUGAUCCGAUGGCUGGCGGUUUUGGUUUUCUGACCCUGAGCCUCAGUCAAAUGUACAAUUUUGUAGUUCAUGGUUUUAGCAUAGCCACCGUGUGGCCGGCAUGAAUAGCAUAGCGAUUUUUUCAAGGACAGAUGGCGGUAUUUACAGGGGACGUGAAGCACUCGGAUGUGCC